ACGCCAACUAUUGAGAUACUUAAGCCACGUCAGAUGAUCAGCGUUACAUUUUCAGAUUCAGUUUAGAUGUAAUAUGGACAAUUGAAGGACGCAGGAGUGGUUGAGAGUAAUGCAGUAAUGGAAGCAAGAAAUGUUGGGAAGUGUUUAUGGAAAUAGGGAGACAUAAAUAGAUUCAAGGGAUAUUUAGGAAAUAAAAAGGGUAGGAUCUGUGGGCUAGGGGGAAGGAAUAGCCAAAGAUGACUAGGUUUCUAAAUUGCAUGGCUGAAUGGAUGUCAUUCACUGAAUUAGGAAAAUUUAGAAGUUCGAUUUUGCACAGGAUGAGUUAUAGGUGCCUUUGAGGCAUUUAGGAGGUGUGAAAUGGGAUGUAGUGAUCUGGUCGGCAAAGUCAAGGCCUAGGGUAGAGAUAAAAAUCAGGGAGUCAUCUAUGAAUAAGUAAUUAUUAAAGCUGUGUACAUAAAUGAAUGAAGAAGCCCUAGGAUGGAGUCUUGGAUACUUAAUAGCCAGGUUAGAAGAUAAACCUACAAAGAAAAUCCAGGAGGAGUCUCCAGAAAGGGAGGGAAGCCAGAGGAAAAGAUGCUAGAACCAGAGGAAAAUGGAUUGAUUGACGUACCAGAUUAUGAGCAUGUAGAAGAUGAAAUUUUUCCUCCUUUCCCACCUCCAGCCUCUCCAGAGAGACAAGGUGGUGAAGGAGCUGAGCCUGAUGAAGAGUCAGGAAGUGGAGCACCUGUUCCUGUACCUCCAAAGAGAACAGUUAAAAGAAAUAUACCCAAGUUGGAUGCUCAGAGAUUAAUUUCAGAGAGAGGACUUCCAGCCUUAAGGCAUGUAUUUGAUAAGGCAAAAUUCAAAGGUAAAGGUCAUGAGGCUGAAGACUUGAAGACGCUAAUCAGACACAUGGAGCACUGGGCACAUAGACUAUUCCCUAAACUGCAGUUUGAGGAUUUUAUUGACAGAGUUGAAUACCUGGGAAGUAAAAAGGAAGUUCAGACCUGUUUAAAACGAAUUCGACUUGAUCUUCCUAUUUUACAUGAAGAUUUUGUUAGCAAUAAUGGUAAGAAUAUAGGUUUAUCUACUUUGCAACAAUUUUGGUUUUAGAAAUAGAUCUAUAGGCAGGGUGUGGUGGCUCAUGCCUGUAAUCCCCAGCACUUUGCUGUUUCAUUUCUUGUUUAGGGACAGAAUGUUGCUCUGUCACCCAGUUUUGAGUGCAGUGGGACAAUCAUAGAUCCUCC